AACCACAUCGCACCAAAACAACACAGUUCAUCGGCUCGGCCCAAUCACAACGGACAGCAUCUCGCCUCUCCUCGGCCUCCUCCUCCUCCGCCUCCUCUCUCUCUCUCUCUCUCUCUCUCUCUCUGCGGUGAUUCCUCUCUUCCUUAUAACCAGCGCUUUCGGAGCCGACACACGCGAUGGUACCCUGUGUCGAACGGGCUGCUUGCCUAUGAGUGGCUGCUGGUCGCACGGGAGAGGACGAGGAGGUUCGGAUCUGGUGCUUCGCUGCAGACGCUGCCGGGAGUGCUGAGGUCAUCCAUGAAAGGCCGGAGGAGAGCAGGCGGAGGGAGGGCCUGGGCGAGGGGCUCCUCCGCUUCGUCCUCGUGGUUUGCCCUGGUCGCCUUCCUCUGCUGCCCCCUCUUUGCCACCGUCGCCUUCUCCACCUUCCGAAUCUUCGGAGUGUCGUUCCGCCCGGUGCUGCUGCCGACAUGGCAGACUUCGGUCAUCAACGCUGUCGCCACCGAUCACUCCUUCCUCCGGCGAGAGUCCAUAUCCCCCACCGCCACGGCCACCGCCACCAUCGCCGCAAAGCGUGGCAGUAACAACCCUUCUUCCAUCCGUAUCCAAGAAGCCAUCUCCUUCCCGGACCAAGUCCUCGUCUUCCUCCAAUUCUCCAGCUCCCUCCCAAGAUUAGAUCUUGUUUGCCUCUACUAUCCCCCAAGCAAUCCCACCACCUCCUCCUCUUCCCCCGUUGCUGACCUCCGGCUCACGGCCAUCAUCCCCUCCUUUCCAACUUCCUUCAUCCGCUGCCCCCUUGCGCCUCGCGGCUUCUCUAUCUCCCUUUCGCCUGAUCUCCCCCUGCUCAAACCCCGGCCUUGGGACCAUCUCACCUACGCCGCCCUUCUCGAUCCCCACGACAACUCCACUGUUGUCUUUGCAAAAGGCUUCAACCUCCGUCCUGCCCGCCUCUCCGACCCUUCUCGCUACGAGUGCGUCUUUGGCUGGAACUUUGCCAAGCCCAAGUACCUUCUGACCUCCCCUGCCCUCACUGCAGCCCAGGAAAUCAUCCGCUGCAACACCCCACCCAGCGUCCUUCUUCGUUUCCGCAGCCAAUCUGAACCUAAUCCUCUCCUUGUAUCAGUCAAGACCAAGGGCCGUGGUGCCAUGACCCUCCCGUCCGUUGCCCGCCCUGAGACCCUCCGGUUAAGCAGCAGGAAGAACCGGCACACCAUGUGCGUGUGCACAAUGAUGCGCAACCAAGCCAGGUUCCUCCCGGAAUGGAUCAUCUACCACUCACUCAUUGGGGUCGAGCGGUGGUUCAUCUACGAUAACGACAGUGAUGAUGACAUUGAGCAAGUGAUUGAAUCACUCGGCAUGUCCAAUUACGUUGUCAGUCGCCAUUUGUGGCCCUGGGUGAAGACUCAGGAAGCAGGUUUCGCACAUUGUGCGCUUCGCGCCAGAGGUUAUUGCGAGUGGGUGGGAUUCAUUGAUGUCGAUGAAUUCUUAUACCUUCCAACCAAUUUCACGCUUCAUGAUGUCCUCCAGAACUACUCGAGUAUGCCUUGGAUUGGAGAGCUCAGAACAGCUUGCUACAGUUUUGGACCUUCGGGAAGAAAGACAACACCGUCGGAGGGUGUCAUGGUGGGAUACACAUGUAGGCUGGGUGCACCUGAACGGCACAAGUCAAUUGUUCGUCCAGAGGUCCUGAAUCCUUCUCUCAUCAAUGUCGUGCACCAUUUCCAUUUGAAAGAAGGGAUGAGGUAUGUGAACAUGGAGAAGGGACUUAUAGUGAUCAACCAUUACAAGUAUCAAGUGUGGGAAGUGUUCAAGGAGAAGUUUUACCGGAGGGUGGCGACCUACGUUGCCGAUUGGCAAAAUGAGGAGAAUGUGGGGUCGAAGGACCGGGCACCAGGGCUGGGAACAAAGGCAGUGGAACCAUCAGAUUGGUCAAGCAGAUUCUGCGAGGUUAACGAUACAGGGCUUAGGGAUUGGGUUUCUAUCGCCUUCAUUGACCCACAAACUGGCCUUCUCCCAUGGCAGAAGGGCAGGAAUUUAAUUUGAUUCGUCACAUCAAUACAGGGAAGGUAGAAGCAAGUGGAAACAGAGGUUUUUGACAAGUUGUUGACGGUUGAGCAGUCCUAAUUCUUUUUCACCCUUCUUUGUCUCUUCUUUUUUGCUAUUGAUCUUGCUGCAACUUGUUUCCUUUUUUUUCCUGUAACUAUAGAAGAGGCAAAUCAUUCUUUUGUAGAUAAGGCAAUACAAUCCUUGGUAAUCACAGUAGGGAUGAACUGAAAUAGAAGCUUAGAUUUGUUAUUUUUUUUU